ACAACCGCCACACUUCAGAACGUCUUCAUCUGACGAGCAGUAACAAUGAAAUGGCAGUGCUUGUGUGGCGCUUUCCUGCUGGUUUCCUUGGUCGUCGUUAUGGCCGAGGAAUCGUGUGACAGAGAGGAAAUGGAGACGACCAUAUGUAGUCUGUGCGCACAACGAAGCGGAAGUAGACUCAGUCAGUUAGGAAAGAUGCAAGUCGCCUUUUAUGUCUACAUGUCCCAGAACAUCAAAAUUAGUACGCUGAGUGCCAACAAGACACUUGUGUACGAUCGAAUAGAAACAAACAUUGGGAACGGAUAUGACAUCACAACCGGGUACUUCGUAGUUCCUGAAGACGGAGUCUAUGCAUUCCAUGUGACUACUGUUGUUAGAGACAAAUCUCACUGUUCGGUUGAACUCGUCAAAAAUGAAGUGGUCAAAGACGUCGGUUGGGCGGAUGCCAUGAACCACGAUGACAGGGCAUCGUCCUCAACAUUCACAGUUCUUACCGUAAAGGAAGGUGACGUCAUCAGGGCACGUGUUGGACCUGCCCGAGGAGGUGACCUUUUGGAAAGCAAUCAGUAUGCAAGACUCAGUUUCUCUGGAUUCAAAAUCGUUUAAUUUGAUUAUGAAGAGUGAUAUUUUCCCCUGAGGUCGAGGAUGGGGGAGGAAUGUUAUCAUAUUGUAUCUCUGCAAUCAGCAUACCAGUGGUUUAAAUAAAGCAACGAUCGGAUUACA